UUUACAACUCCCAGAUAAUAUAAUGAAAUAGCAUACAGUUUUCGGGUUUCCAAACAACACUUUGCUAUAUUGAAUUUUAUGAGUACAGAUGGCCUAAUGAAGAAUCAUGGAGAGUUAUACUUUCAUCAAAGUCGUUGGCAAAGGCAGCUACGGAGAAGUGACUCUGGUCAGACACAAAACCGAAGGGAAGCAGUAUGUCAUAAAGAAGUUGAACUUGAGAACAUCCUCGAAGCGGGAGCGCCGUGCCGCGGAGCAAGAAGCGCAGCUGCUAUCCCAACUGCGUCAUCCGAAUAUUGUCACAUACAGAGAGUCGUGGGAGGGGGAGGACUGUCAACUCUACAUCGUGAUGGGCUUCUGUGAGGGGGGUGACCUCUACCACAGACUGAGACAGCAAAAGGGCGAGCUUCUCCUUGAGAGGCAGGUGGUGGAGUGGUUUGUCCAGAUCGCCAUGGCCUUACAGUAUUUACAUGAAAAGCACAUCUUGCACCGGGAUUUGAAAACUCAGAACAUCUUCCUGACCAAAACCAACAUAAUCAAGGUUGGAGACCUUGGGAUUGCUCGAGUGCUGGAAAACCAAAACGACAUGGCUAGCACCCUCAUUGGGACGCCUUAUUACAUGAGCCCUGAGCUUUUCUCCAACAAACCAUACAACUAUAAGUCUGAUGUCUGGGCCUUGGGCUGCUGUGUGUAUGAAAUGGCCACUCUGAAGCAUGCCUUUAAUGCAAAGGACAUGAACUCUUUGGUGUAUCGUAUAGUUGAAGGAAAGCCACCGCAGAUGCCCAGCAAGUAUAAUCCACAGCUUGGGGAGCUCAUAAAGAGCAUGCUCAGUAAGAAACCAGAGGAUCGUCCGGAUGUCAAACACAUCCUUCGGCAGCCCUAUAUCAAACGCCAGAUCGCCAUUUUUUUGGAGGCCACAAAGGAGAAAACAGCCAAAUCAAAGAAGAAAGUUCCUAAUAGCAGACCUGGGACUGCUGCUGUUUCUGGAUCACAGGCAAAUUCCAGACCUGAUUGCCCCCCGCAGCCCUCUGUAGAUAUAUAUAAGAGAGAAAAGACGAAGGAAAAAAACCAUUCGCAGCAGCAGAAGAGCAACGACCAUGCAGCACAGGAACCCGUUCUUUCCCCCAAACAGUCACCCCCAAAAUCCCCCACACAGGACAAUCUGAAUAGUACUGAAGUGUCUGUAGCAACCGUCAACAAUAUUGAUAUCGACAUCUUGCCAGCAAAAAAGGAGAGAAAACACAGUAAAGCAAAGGUGCCAUCUCUCCCUGAUCUGGACCCAGGGCACAGCGAUUUUGACAUCAGGCACACAGAGGAGAGGAAGAGCAGAAAAGCAAACCCUGUUUGUUCAGAGGCAUACCAGAGGAAGCAGGUGUUGGGCAUUGUAAUCAGCGCUGAAGAAGACAAGAUGCUGCUGAAUGGACCUGUGAUGGAGGACUCUCACCCUGAGCCUGAGCUUCGAGCAGUGAAGGAUGAGACGCCAGCGUCAACAGAAGGACAGGCUAAUCUAGUAGAUGCUGAAGACAAAGACAGCACCAUUAAACUGCUUCAGGAAGCGGACACCUUAAAACAAACUCCACCACUAAAGGAGAGCUUGGACUCCACAGAAAAGCUACUUGAGCCUUUUGUUCCUGUUGUAAUACAGGAGCCCCCAAGCCAUGACACUCCCCCCCUGCCAGAGCAGGAUAUCGCCCAUUUGCAGCCCCCGUCCUCAUCUGCAGAACCCUCCAUAUCCCGCCAGCGCAGGCAAAGGAACAGGCAAAGGGCACAGGAGAACCAUGGCAGUUAUCAAACUGUCCAUCCCAGGCCUCUGCCAUCCCCACCCAGUGAAACUGAUAAAGUGAAAAAGAAGAACCUGGAGUUACAUGCAGAGAAGUCUAAGGCAAUAAUAUCCUCCCCAUCUUGUAUUAACAGCUCAGGGGACAGUGCCAUUACAGUUUCACAGGAACGUCCCCUUUCUGCCCGAGAGAGAAGGCGACUGAAGCAGUCCCAGGAAGACUUCACCUACCCAGUUGUCCCCGCGUCAAGAAGAACAUCAUGUGAUGUUAGUGCAGACAGGACACAGUCGAGCUACCAGAAUGCUGCAGUCAGCCGCUCGACGUCUGAUAUUGCCAUCAAAUCAAAUACGCAGCAGGGUGGGUCAUCACGACGACAGUCAGUUGACGAUGACUGCGGCUCCUCCACCAGUUCCACGGACCGUUCGGAGGGGGACUGCAAAGACGGGAAGAACGAAUCUGGUGAAAUGCAAGAUCUUGUUCAGCUGAUGACACAGACAUUGCGAAUGGAUUCCAGAGACAAAGCAUGUGGAUCUGACUGCUCUGGCUCCAAAGCACUGUCUGAAUUUAGGCUGAACAGGAAGUAUAGGGACACCCUGAUACUGCAUGGCAAAGCUAAAGAGGAGCCGGAUGGAUUCCACAUGAGCGAGUUCCCUUCAGGCUCUCCCUCUGGCCCUGCAAAGAUCAGGAGAGCAAUUGAACACUUACGGACUGAUGUGGUGCAGGGACUGGGAGUGAAGCUUUUAGACAAAGUUCUGGAUAUUAUGGAAGAAGAUGACGAGAUAAUGCGAGAGCGGCAACUUCGAGAUGAAAUGGGAGAGGAGAAGUACAAGGCAUAUGCCGUGAUGGUGCGACAGCUGAAAUUCUUUGAGGAUGUUGCCUUCAGAGACUUGAGUGUCUAAUUCAUGCAUCGUAAGCUAUGGUGCUGGCAACGGUUGUGCCUUCAAGUAUGCAACUGCAAACUCAACAGAACUGUGAAAAUAAUGAGCUGUAAUUUUGUAAAUGAAGAAGCAGUUUGACUUCCCAAAAUAUUUAAUUUUGUUUAUGUAAAUAUGGUUUCUAUGCUUCUAUACUUGAGUAUACAGUUGAAAGGGUACACAGUUUUAUACAAAGUAAAUAUGCAAAAUGAACUGAAUGUAAAUUGUUCAAUACCUGAAACCACAGUGCUCAUGUUGGCCCUUUUGCCCUCUAGUGGUUGAAAGCCAAUGAAAAUGUUACUAGGUGGAGCCACACUCAGUUGACUGGUCAGUCAGUCAGUGAGUGAGGGGGUGAUACUUCCAUUCCCAAGUUUGGUUUUUCCAACUGCAGCCAGAAAAUGACCUUUUAUAUGUCAUAAUUAUUUUAAUAGCCCUAUUCACAGCACUAGUUUGUCUGAUAUCCCACUCUUAAAGACUCACCUCAGUAAGUAGUCCUUUGUGAAUUCGCCUGGUGGGAAUGUUUGCUAAUAUUAACCCCUACAUAUCACUGCCCAUUUUACACGCCUUUUCUGAGA